UAUAAGCCACUUGGUGGGCCACGGAACAUCCGCCUCCUGUUAGUCCAUCCAUGGCAUCAUUACGGGCCCAUCAGAUGCUCCUUCGUCGAGGUUUCACUUGACAGGGCCCCGCGAUACGAGGCUAUCUCGUACACCUGGGGCAAUCCAAUGAGACGCCCGGCAGUUUUGAUAGAUGGCAGGGCAUUCCACGUAACCGCCAAUGCCCAUAAUAUACUCCGAGGACGAAGUUCUUCGCUUCUUCCGAGAUUGCUCUGGAUUGACUCCGUUUGCAUCAAUCAGCAAGACAAUUUCGAAAAGUCAAACCAGGUGCGGAUGAUAAGGGAUAUCUAUCAAAAGGCAUUCCUGGUAACUGUCUGGAUGGGCCAAAACAGCUGGCCUACCUGCGUCACAGAAGAACUCCUUUUUUCCAUCGAUGCAUACUGGGUGUCAAGGCAGCUCGUCAAACUGCGUGAAGCUGCUUCCCAAUUCCCUGGAGAUUCGCGUGGCCUACUUGAAAAAUUGACUGCAACAAGACGCUCUACUUAUUGGUUCAAAUUCGUGGAAUUCCUCAGGCAUCCAUGGUUUGAACGUAUAUGGGUUGUCCAGGAAGUAGCUCUUGCCUCGUCGAUCCGCGUGGUCUAUGGAGGCAGAGAAAUAGCGUGG